CCGACGGGGGCGACGCACGUCGUCCCGGUAUCGUACAGCCGCUUCCUCAGCGCGGUGAAGGGGGACGACGUCCAGACGUUGUCGGUGGACGGCUCCUAUCUCACGUGGAAGCCGAAGACGGCGCUGGUCAUCAAGAGGAAGGCGGUCGGGAGCCCGCUGUCGAUGGCGGAGCCGGAGAAGAUCGAGGUGGCGUACAGCGCCGCGCGCCCGGACGACGCCACGGUGCCGUACGACCUGUUGCACAAGAACAAGGUUGAGUUUGGCGCGGUGGAUAAGCGGCAGAAAUCGCAGCGAAACGUGAACACGUUCAUCACGCUCUUCAUCGUCGGCGUCGCGAUGGUGCAGCUGAACCGGAUCGGCCAGCGCGGGGACGGGAGCGAGAACAGAGCCGGCGGCUUGGGCGGUCCGAACACGUCCGCGGGAAGAAUGAGCGGCGGGAAACAACGCGGGUCGCUCCCACCGCCGUCGACGACGUUCGCGGACGUCGCGGGCGUGGACGAGGCCAAAGAAGAGCUCGCGGAGAUCGUGGACAUUCUGAAGCGCCCGGAGCACUACACGCGCUUGGGCGCGAGGCCGCCGUCGGGGGUGUUACUCGUCGGCGCGCCCGGGACGGGGAAGACGCUCCUCGCGAGAGCCGUCGCGGGAGAAGCCGGGGUGCCGUUCAUCUCCGUCUCCGCGUCCGAGUUUGUCGAGCUCUACGUCGGCAUGGGCGCGGCGAGGGUCCGGGACGUGUUCCAACGCGCGCGGGAACAAGCGCCGUCGAUCGUGUUCAUCGACGAGAUCGACGCCGUCGCGAAGGGGCGGAGCGACGGGAAGAUGCGAGGGAUGGGCAACGACGAGCGCGAGCAGACGCUGAAUCAGCUCCUCACCGAGCUCGACGGGUUCGACAGCGGCGAGCUCGUCAUCUGCCUCGCCGCGACGAACCGAGCGGACACGCUGGACACGGCGCUGAAGCGGCCCGGGCGGUUCGAUCGCACGGUGUCCGUGGAGCGCCCGGAUAAGCAAGGACGCAAGGAGAUUCUCGGCGUGCACAUAUCGAACCGGCGCUUGCCGUUAGACCCGGCGUUUCGCGUGGACGACAUCGCGCAGAUGACCGCGGGGUUCACCGGCGCGGAGCUCGCGAACUUGGUGAACGAGGCUGCGCUCCUCGCCGGGCGAAAGGGCGCGACGAUCGUCGGUAAGCUCGAGUUUGAGAACGCGGUGUUGCGAACCGUCGCCGGCAUCGAAAAGAAACGCUCGCUCCUGUCGCCGUCGGAGAAGGUCACCGUGAGCGCGCACGAGGCUGGGCACGCCGUCGUCGGCACCGCGGUCGGGUUUUUCAUCCCGGGCACGCAACGCCCGGAAGCGCUGUCCAUCGUCGCGCGCAGCGGCGGCGCGCUGGGGUACACGUACAUACCCCCCGGAGAAGAGGACCGCAAGCUCAUGUUUUCGGACGAGCUCCGCGGUCGGCUGGUCACCCUCAUGGGCGGCCGCGCCGCGGAGAUCGUCGCCUGCGGCAGAGUGUCCACGGGCGCGAUGGACGACAUCCAGCGCGCGACGGACCUGGCGUACAAAGCCGUCGCGGAGUACGGCCUCUCGCCGACCGUCGGGCCGAUGUCCGUCCCCGUGUUGAGCGCCGGCGGCGGCGAAGACGCCUUUUUCGGCGGCGGCGACACCGCGCAGGGCGCCAACAAGCAGGUGGAGACGGAGGUCAAGGCGACGCUGAUAUCGUCGCUGUACGUCGCGAAGUUGAUCGUGGAGGAGAACAUCGCGGUGUUGAAGGACAUGGCGAGCGCGCUGAGCGAGAGGGAGAAGAUCGGUGGGGAGGAUCUCGACGAGUGGCUCAACGACGUCGAGGCGCCGGCGACGUUGGAGCGAUUUUUGCGCGGGGAG